CCUCGUGCGUUUCUGCAUGCGCUGUUAGGAAGGAGGGACUCGCCUUUACACACACUCACACACACCACACACACACACACAGAGCGACACCGAGCAUGGAAGAGAAGUGUGAAUUUUGGCUCUCGUCUUCAUGAAGAUGGCUGUAAUAGCACUACUGAUUUUGGGGCUUUUUAGCCCGAGCUGCAUCCUCGCUUUCAAAGUGAACAAACACAAACCAUGGAUUGAGACAUCCUACCAUGGAGUGAUCACCGAGAACAUGGACACUGUCCUGUUGGACCCUCCACUAGUAGCCUUGGACAAAGAUGCUCCGAUCCCCUAUGCAGGGGAGAUUUGUGCUUUUAAGAUCCAUGGACAGGACACUCCGUUCAAGGCAGAGGUAUUAAACAAGACAUCAGGGGAGGGAGUAUUGAAAGCAUCUGGUCCCAUUGAUUGUGAGCAACAAAAGGAGUUCACCUUCAUCAUUCAGGCUUACGACUGUGGGGCUGAUGUCUCAGGAGACAGUUGGAAAAAGAGCCACAAAGCAGUGGUCCACAUCCAGGUUGAGGACGUGAACGAGUUCUCUCCUUUUUUCCAUGAGCCGGUGUACCAGGCCACAGUGACAGAGGGGAAGAUUUAUGACAGCAUUGUGCAAGUGGAGGCCUGGGACCAGGAUUGCUCAGCCCAGUACAGCCAGAUCUGCAACUAUGAGAUCAUUACGCAAAACACACCUUUUGCUAUUGACCGCAAUGGCAAUAUUCGGAACACGGAACAUUUAAGUUAUGACAAGCAGCAAUACUACGAGAUCAUGGUGAGCGCAUAUGAUUGCGGGCAAAAGAGGGCAAAAGAGAGUGUGCUCGUCCAAAUCCAUGUCAAACCUAUGUGCAAGCCUGGCUGGCAAGGAUGGAGUAAGCAAGUGGACUACGAGCCCGGGACAGGCAGCAAGCAGCUGUUUCCCAUGAUGCACCUUGAGACUUGUGGUGGCCCCAUGUCCUUGGUGCAAGUCACGGUACAACUGCAAACUAGCCACAUCGGGAAGGGCUGUGACAGAGAAACCUACUCUGAGAAAUCACUGCAGAAGCUCUGUGGUGCUGCUUCAGGCAGUGUGGAUCUUCUCCCUGCUCCGAGCACUUCAACAAAUUGGACGGCGUCACUGCUGACAGACAGCGGACGAGACAGUGACCUCGUCUUCCACUUCGAUGGACGGCAGGCAGCCAAUAUUCCGGAAAUGGUGGUGCCUCAGAACCUCACUGAACAAUUCACCAUUGCCACAUGGAUGAAACAUGGACCGAGUCCUGGACUGAGAGGCGAGAAGGAGACGCUGCUAUGUAACUCGGACAAGACUGAGAUGAACAGACACCAUUACUCACUGUAUGUGCACAACUGUCGUCUGGUCUUCUUGCUGCGGAGGGACUUCACACAGACGGACACAUUCAGGCCAGCCGAGUUCCACUGGAAGUUAGAGCAGAUCUGCGAUAAAGAGUGGCACUACUAUGUGAUCAACGUAGAGUUUCCUGCUGUGACCCUUUUCGUCGACGGAGUGACCUACGACCCCUACCUAGUAACAGACGAUUGGCCCAUUCAUCCUUCGCAGAUUGAUGUACAGUUGACAGUCGGUGCCUGUUGGCAAGGAGGAGAGGUGACGACUCCGCGCUUCACACAGUACUUCCGUGGAAGUCUCUCGGGACUCACUAUCCGUCCUGGGAAGAUAGAGACACAGAAGGUCAUCUCCUGUUUACAGGCCUGCAAGGAGGGUCUGGACAUCAACUCGAUGGAAAGCCUGGGGAAAGGAAUCAAGUUCCACUUCAACCCAGCCCAGUCAGUGCUAGUGAUGGAGAGUGAUGAUCUGGAGAACAUUAACACAGCCAUGGCAAAGGUCUCCUACAUUAACUCGAGACAGUUCCCUACUCCGGGCCUGCGCACAUUACAUGUGUCCACUACAAUUCAAUGUUACGGUGAGGACUCAUGUAUUUCUAUCCCAGACAUAAAGACAGCGGUGAUGGUGCUGGUGCCCAGCGAGCCACAGAUCAUCAUCACAGGCACAGCACAUGUCACAACACCCGCAGCUGAGCUCCCAGCCCCUCUUGGGGUGGCCCUUUUUAAAGAGAUUCACAUCAUCAGCACGGUCACCAGGAGUGACGGGACAUUCGGCUUGGGUCACAGACCUGGAAUUCUGGAGGUAAUUCACAACCUUGAUUACUGUGAUGUCUUGGUCAUUGGGGAGGAGCUGAAUCCAGACCAUGAGAGUCUUGAGAUCCAUCAUAGCUCUCUACUUGGAAAACACCUAGAUGCUACUAAUUCCACUUCUGGCAUCUCUAUCUAUGGUGUGGACUCCAUGGCAAAUUAUGAGCUGGCUAUCCGGCAGGUGAGGUACCACAACUGGCAGCCAGCCAACCUGUCAGAGAGAAGAUUCAGGCUCAGCUGCUCAGAGCUCAAUGGGCGUUACACCAGCAACAACUUUAACCUAGAGAUACGAAUAGUCCACAGUGUAGAGUCUGUAGAACAUGUCAAUCAAAUGGCUGUCCAAUCCCAGUACAUGAGACCCAUCCAUCAUCCACAGGUCAUCCACACCAACUCGAACUACAUGUCAGAUACAUCUGCAGCUGCGACAGUAAUGAUAGUGAUGUGUAUCACUGCCCUGGUGGUCAUCAUGGUGCUGGGCAUCUACCGCUUUCAUGCAGUCUAUCUAGAAGGCCUAAAAGAGAAAGAGGAUGAAUGGAAGGAGCCAGAAAUAGCCUGGGAUGACACAACCUUCACCAUUACUGUCAAUCCUAUGGAGACUGUUGACAGUGCUCAGAACGCUGAGGAUAUUGAGAAGAAAGACGACGAAUAUACUGGGGAGUAUGAUGACGAUGAUGACGAACUGGCUAGGAACCUGUCCAGCGCGGACUCCGACGAUAGUGACGAAGAAGAGCACACAAAAUCUGAGAGAGGCAGAGUGAAGGGCAAACUAGUGUGGGACGAGUCCACUUUACCCUAUUAACACCCGUCCUCGAUGCACACUCUCAGGAGACACGCACUAAAAAAAAUAAUAAAAAAUCAGAAAUUGCUGCCUGGAAAUCUACGAUUAUUAUCUAACUGAACCACCCUAUUAUUUAUUUUUUUUGCUGACACAUGAUGUGUUGUCUCAUCCUUUAGUCUGUUUAAUGGCCAGCAAUGGAACUGCACCAACAUGUCCUCACUAAAAUCGAGUCCUGCUCCCUGUGCUUAAGGAGCUUAUGUUAUCAACCCAAGAAAAAAAUAGGACUUAUCCAAUAUUUCAGGUGGCAACACCUGGUAAAAACAUUGUCUUAUUUUUCUUGGGACACAAAAAGUCAUCACGAAGUCUUAACAUGUGAUUAAUGGUUAUUUUCCUUAACACUAGAGCACUUGAUUUUGUGUGACAGAGUUUUUUUUUUGUCUAACGAAUAACACUGAAGAAUUUAUUUUUAAUGUAAAAUACUUUUUAUUGCAUUUAAUAUUUAGAACGUUAUAUAGAUUUUGCUUCACGCGUUCUAACAAAACAGAGAUAUUUGUUUCUCAUUUCUGUUGAAUUUCUUUUAAAUUGUACUCAUAGAAAGGGUGGCAGUACAAUUUUAUAUGCCUGUAUACUGUAAAUAGUAAGCUGUUGAGUAGAAUGCAUCCCCUCCAUGUCACCUUGUUUUGUGGUAAAGAAAAAAAAGAAAAGAAAAUGCCUCUCCGGUUAGUAGUGUCUCUUUGACAUCUUUAUCCUUUUUCACAUAAAAGAGUAGGAAUGAUAAAUCAUGAUCAUGUCCCAUUUUCUAUCCUAAAUUCAGAUUUACUGGAAAAGAAAGUAAGUUUGCUCUUUACCCUCUGGUUAAAAAUACCAGUUGUGUAAAAAAUAGUCCCAUGUCAUGUUUAGUAGUGAUUUCUGUGUGUCAUUUACCCUCAAAGCAAUGCAAUAUAAAUGCCAGGAAAUAUUCUAGGGGGAAAAUGGCUUGUGAAGAUGAGGGCUUUGUGCAUCCAUUAAGAACAUAUGCAUUCGCUGAGGAGGCUUGUUUAACUAUGUGCUAGGAUCAGAAUCAAGAUGGAUGUUAAUGUAGUCAUUCUGUAGCUGGAAAUUGCUUGUUGUUCCCUCUGUGUGAUCUAAGCUAGGAAAAGGUCAUUUGCUUCAUUUAUUUCCGCACUGUGUUACAUGUAUGUUUUUUAUGUAACUGUGGUUCCCAUUUAUCACGCUUGUAAUAUCAUGGUCGUGAGAUUUUCAACCACACCCCCCACUGUUCCACGUGUUACGUCGUUUUAGAUAUCUUUGAAUCGUUCUACUUUGAUUUUGUAAAUGCUUCAAGGUAUGCAUUUUCUCUGGUGGUCACUACAGCACUUUCUGUACAUUGACCAAUAAAGACAUUUCUUUAGAAUAAA